AUGAUAAGCCAACCACCCACGGGCACGCAAGUUCCUGGCCCUCACCCUCGCCCUCUGAACCGCCCUGCUCUUCCUUCCAAGCUCAGCAACGUCAAUCUGAAUCGCCAACAUGACAUCGCCGACGUCGACGACCCGAAUCACUCGGCAUACACGGCAAACGGCAUGCUCCAAUACGCCGCUCAGGCCGUCAACACUCCCGACGAGCCCACACAACACAUUCCACCACGCCUCCUCUCUCAACGCACAACACAACUACCGCUACCUCGUCGUCCCCAAUCUCUGACCGCACAAGGUCAAUCUCGCCCACCCGUGCCGAAGCCGUCACCUCCACCCGUCCUGGAUCCAUCAACACGAGCCAACGGCUUACAACCACCCGCAAUCGCAACCGUACUACCACGAGACAAAGUUGCCGACUUCUUCCCAUGGACCAAUAUUGAUGGCAAGCAUCCGGAAGAUGUGCUGAACGAGCACCUCAUCAAGUCCGGAUACAGCGACAAGCCUGCCGGUACUUCUCAGACCGAGUCCAACAUCGCCCGCCCUCACCUCUGGCCCAGCUUGAAGAACAAGAAUGGACUGGGCGUAUUGUCCGCUCUCUUUGUCCAAGUGCUGGACAAGAGGUCUCAAAUGCGUCUCUGCACCGCCCCUUCGACUUUCAAGCCGCCACCAAGACUUAGUAGAACCAUUCCUCAUGGCAUUCGUGGCAAAGUUCUUCUCGAUCAUUGUAUCUCCAAGGAUAUUCCCAUCGCUAGAGCUGUGUGGCUCUCCAAGUGUGUCGGAGCUAACGAGAUCCGUGCAUUCAAGAGAAAAGGUGUCUCUGGCCCUGCUGCCCUGGCUGGCGAACUCAAAUGGAUCAAGGAAUGGACAGUGUUUGUCGAGCAAUUUAUCGAUGGUGUUAUUACCAGCUGCGGACAGCGAGGAUGGUCUCAGAAGAUGAAUUAUGCUGUUCGUUUGGGCACUCACUUCUAUGUCGAGCAUCUUCUUGAUGAGGAACACUACAUGGACUGGAUCCUUACUUCUCUCAAGCAAAGCUCUUCCGAAAGAUUACCUGUUUGGAUUCUGCUUACCCAAAUCUAUUGGAAACAUCUCAUCUCUCACCGAAAACGUGGUUAUCGACUCUCCGAAGCCCUCCUUGGACACGCCAAAGCUCUUGCUGGUACUCCCUAUGGUAUCAACUUACAACUCACAACCCGUAUCAACCAACUCAUCACUAUCUUGGCUGUUAACCAUCGGGGAUGUCUGGUGCUACCCAAGUCUUGGAAUGAAUACAAGGCUACCUUCGCCACUGUCAAGCCUACUGGUCGCCUCAACGUGGAGGCUGACGGCUUGAUCAACGUUGCAAGACGAAACAACCGAUUAUCAGGUGCAUCCCCACAAACAACCUCUCGUACACCCAGACUCCGAUUACUAGACAUCCUUGACUCUGUUGGCUUGGAUGUUCAGAUUGACCGGAUCGCUGCUCAAUGCGAGCUGCUAGGACUUGACACGCGUUCAGUGUUGGUCACCAUACUCGAAUGGGCAGCUUCCAAGCAUCGUUCAGGUAUCGCUCGUGUUUACCUUGCCGCACAGUUAAUUCGCUACUGGAGCUUUGCGGGGUUCAGUGCAGAUGAUGCGGUAUUGACCAUGCUCGAGAAGGCUCGGAACGACCGCAACAUGGAACCGCGUCUGAUCUACAAGCUUGUAUCCGCCCUGGCCCGAUCUGGUCACUUCUCGGUAGGCAGAUACCUACAAUGGCUCAUCUCGAUGGGUGUCUUGUCCGGGGCGGAUGCCGCGGCGAGUGAGGCUCAGCUUCUCCUCGAACUACCAACAGCCUACCUAUCUUCUCAUAUCGUCAACCUAAGACGUACGCUCUUGAACCGUGUUGGCUAUCACGCUGACGCUGAAGCACAUGAGAUCGAGAACUACAAGGCUUCUCUGUCCCAGCACCUUGGUGGCAUGUCUUUACCCAGUCCUGGUGUGACUACGCAUGAGCCCGUACUCACUAGCAAGCCUGUUGGAGCCGUCAGGAUGGCUGUGGCUAGAUGGUUAUGCGAGAGGGUAGUCUCGCAGAGCUUUGACUCUGUCAGUGAGACUGUCUUCAAUGGCAACCUUGCCGCUUUCUGUCUGGUGCGCCAUACGUUGGAACAAUUCGAAGACUACCCGAGCUUGGCUAAAGUACUUGCCGCUGCGUCUAACUGCAGCAAUCCUCAAAUUCUGGCUGCUGCAGCAGACACCAUCAACUUGAACAUCGAGAUCUUCGCUACCAUGGGUUUCCUGCCAGCAUUGGUCUUGCAAAUCUAUCAGCAGCAACGUCGCUUGCGGUCAAGGCAACCUCUAGAUCGUACUUUCCUACUGUCCUUGUCAGGACUUGUCCGUCGCAUACCAUCAGGCGCGAUGUAUGCAAAGACUCUCGACAGCGAGCUUGCAAUGUGCGAGAUACAGAGCUCUACCACUGCGUGUUCACCAGCAUCUGACAGCAUGGCAAUAUCGCAUUCGGGAACAGUUGAAUCUAACGACGAUAUUGACCGUGUGCUCACUAGCGGUAACACCAUGGAUGAGCAGCUGAUGGUGCGCAUGUUCACUACCAUUGCUGAUCGCAGUGUCAAGAUGGGAUCUGAAGGCUUGUCUCGUACCAGCACAUGGUUCGCGCAAUUGAGAUCGUUCGACCAGACUACGUUCGAGCAACUGGUGCAGAAGCUUGUCAAUCGGAUGGCUGAGACGAUAGCACCGUGCGAGACUGUAGAAGGUGUUGUUAGCUCCCUGGUCGGUUCUAGCUGCUUGAAGCUGGACAAUUUCUACCAGGUCUGGGACAGGAAGCUCAAUACCAUCAAAUCUACAGAACCUGCCAACGCGAGUCGUGUCGCUGUUAUUUGUGCAAAGAUCUUGAUACCCUCAACAUCAGUGCUGCACAACCAGUCGGCGGAAGCGUACAGAUUCAAAGUUGCACAAAACUUAUUCUGUCAUGAACACAAAGCUGGUGUUCUGCGCAUCAUUGGAUCACUACUUCAACUGAACCCUCAAUCAGUUCUGCCAAAGAAUGGUAAUGCACUAGGCGAGAAGAUUACAAUGUUGCUCCGUCAGUACAUCGUCAAGGAUCGCAAGCUGGUCUCGCAAGAGCUCAUCCCCAAGAGUAAUCAGAUUGUUGUCCAGAGUUCUGUACAACCUCUCCUCGACUCUCUUUUGGAUCCUGAGUUGCAGGAACAGCAAGUGUCGAUGAUCGAAAAGGUGAACCAGAUCGUCGGAUCAACAACAGAGCUUUCGUUACCCUUUAGCCAGGUAGCUUUGCAACAGCUGUCUUCAGUUCUUUCCGGAGGCAACAACCUGUCAGAAACCGACAAGACCAGUCUGAUUCGUACAUUCCAGAGUGCGAUUGAACACACAUCUUCAGUCUGGCCACAGCUCCUGAGUGCGCUUGACAAGGAUCUCAUUCAUCACAUCCACUCCUGGGCUGGUGAAUGUGUCUUACAAAAGCUUUCCUCUAUCAUUGCGGUGGAUGGAACCAUGGAAGAAGAAACUGCUGUACGACGAUACUUGAAAGCAGUUGAAGCGUCUGCACUUGCCGCUUCAUCACAAUCGAUGCCAUCAACCGCAUUCGUCAUGCUUGCUGAGCACUUCAAACGGUUGGGUCAGUUUGCAGAGGGCAUCAAUUCUCUCGACCCCGGACAAUUAGACAAGAAGACGCGUAUGGCAUUCGGCAUCAAUGUGUUGCUGCAACUCACCACCAUGCAUCAUCACACACUACAAGACGCGAACGCUCUUGCACAAGAUUUAAUCCCGCUGAUGGGUGUCCUGUGUGCACUUCUAAUUCACCCAAAGCUACAAGGCCAGCAAGCGAUUCUUGAACACAUUCUCGACGUCGCUUCCAUGAUCUCGGAUGAUUUAUCCAACGAGCACAUGCACACGAUUCUACGCAACCUUCCACCUCAAGCUCGUUGUAUACCUCGUCUGCGCUACUUGUUCGGAACUCACACAUCUCCAGAUGCAUGGUUGUCGCUCGCCUCCAAGGUAGUCCCAGCUUCUGCAGCUCAACAAAACCCGACAUCAACUCCCUUACAACCCUCAUCUUCGCCGGCUUCAGCUACACAGUCUCCAUCAAUGCUGCAAAGGCCAUGGCCAGUGCCUGCUCGACCUGGUAUGCCUUCACGCUCACCAUCUGUCCCUAAUACACCUGUCCUGUCACAAGCACACUUGCAACAACAGCAAGCCCAGCAACAGAGACUCUCAAUGGGUAUGGGUGCGAACAGAGUCUGA